UAAUUUAAUUGCUUGAUUUUGUAAGGGAUGUCUACACAGGUGUCAUCAUGGAGGGGGAGCCUCUCUCUGCACUUUGUACGCCUGCUCUGGUGGUGGAUGUUGACAUAGUGAAGAGAAAUGCCCAGAAAAUGAGAGAACGCUGCCAGAAACUUGGAGUCCAACUUCGACCACAUAUGAAGACCCACAAAACUCUUGAGUGUGCUGAUAUAAUGACGGCUGGUUCACAGAGGUGCAUUGUAGUCUCCACUUUGGCAGAGGCCUGCUUCUACGCUGACAAUGGAUUUGAUGACAUUCUUUAUGCGUAUUCUCUACCGUUUGAUAAGGUGGAGAACUGUGCAGCGCUUUCAGAGAGGCUGAAUCUGUUCCAAGUCUUACUGGAUCACCGUGAUGCUCUACAACAGCUCAAAAAUAGGCCACUGAGAGACGGUCGGCAGUGGCACGUCUGGCUGAAACUCGACUGUGGCAAUGGAAGAGCUGGUGUCUUGCACUCUGACCCAGAGGCUCUCCAGCUGGCUCAGGCCAUUGAUGAAGCAGAGGGAGUGGAGCUAACGGGAGUGUAUGCCCACUGUGGGAACACCUACAACUGCAGAGGGGUGGAGCAAAUACAGGCCGUUGCUCAGGAAACGACCACUUUGACGUUACAGUUCAUGGAAAAGCUGAAGGCUGUUGGUAUCACCUGUAAGUCCAGCAUUGGCUCCACCCCCUCCUGUAGUCAUCCAAUCAAAGACAUGGCACAGCUCAGCGAGGUGCAUCCAGGAAACUAUGUCUUCUAUGAUGUGCAGCAGUCUCUGAUUGGAUCCUGCACUCUGGAGGAUGUAGCUGUGAGGGUUUUGACCAGAGUCAUCGGCCACUGUCCUCACAGGAACCAGCUCCUGGUUGACUGUGGGUGGAGUGGACUCAGUCUGGAUGGAGCUGGAAAACUUCCCACGGGAUACACUGUGAUUGAAGGACAUCCAAACCUCAAGUUGUUGUCUAUGACCCAGGAGCACGGCAGAGUGGAGCCCCUCUCAGGUCAGCUGGACUACAACAAAUACCCGCUGGGGUCGCUGCUCCACCUGAUGCCCUACCAUUCAUGUGCAACCGCGAUGAUGCACCCUGUAUACCACGUGCACUCUGAGGGACAUCUGGUGGGGAGGUGGAUGCCCACACGCGGGUGGUGAAGAGCUGUUGCUCACGCAUGACCUUCCAAAGUUGUAGCCACUCAAGCUCCCAGGUGUUGAUUAUAUUAGUAGUGAACAAGAGCAAUCCGAGAUUUCUGACAUCCGCCAAAGCUUGACGAGGACUCAUAAUAAAUAUGACUCACAUCGUGUCACAGACUUUACCUGGAUCCAGAUUCCACAACACAGUGAAUAAAUGCGAACUGAUCCAGAAUUGUCCGACAAGAUGCUGAAAUCUGA